ACUUCCUGUAAAGUGAAAUGUAAUGUUUAUACUUACUUUAUUGCACAGUACUGUUUAAUUUAGAACUUCUUCUCUUCUGAACUAAUAGCUUGCUAGACUUUGAAGGAGACUCGUGUGUAAUUAAAGUUCAAUUACAGAGCAGAAGGAAAAAUGUCUAAAUCAAGUUAACAUCUGAAUUUGUUUCCAUGCAGGCUGUGACAGACACGGCCAUAGGAGGUGUGACUAGGGCUGCAUAAAAAUAAACAAAAGUGAUUUACCUAAUAAAUGGUAGAGAAUGGAGCCAUGAGACUGCUGGGGAAUCCACAAAAUCGGACGACAUGACAGUCUGCUUCUCCGUGGAGGAGCUGGAAUCAUUGGAGGAACGACAGAAGGAAAAUGAAAACAUCAAAAUGAAAGUUCCCCAGAGUCCCAACUUAGUGGGUUACCUGUAUGUUAAACCAGAGAUAGUACCCAGAAUCCAUCAGGGUGAGGAGCUAUGCGUGAGCAGUGAUUUGUACACUCUGAAGAGGAGAAGCCGUGUACGCAAGUCUUCAGGUGAAACCGCAAGAGAAAAUAGCUGUUCACAAGAAGAAGAUCCUCAGCCAAUUCCAGCAAGAUUAAGUAGAAGAAAGAGAAUGGGUAUAGUCAAGUCUUCUGAAGACACGCUGCUAGGCCAACCAGCAAGCUUGAUAAGUUCUGAGGCUACAUCAUCCCAGGAUGAGCAACAAGACCUUUCAGAAACUGUUCAAAACUGCAGGAGUCUUUAUGCCAAAAAGUAUAAAUGCAGUGUGUGUGGGAUUUGUUUCAUGGACCACUCAACCUUACUUGUACACCAAUCAUCACACGCAGGACAGAAAAACCUCAUAGUUACUCGUGGCAGGAGUCAUGGCUCCCUCAGACAUCACAGUGUCCAAAUAGAAGAAAACUCCUGUACUUUCCCUGUACGUAGGAGGCACAUUAGAUACAACUCUAGGCCAGUUAAAGACAGGAAAAUCCAGACAGCAGCCAAGUCUUUUAUUUGCAAUGAUUGUGGGAAGAGUUUUACUCAGAAAGCAAGCCUUAUAGUCCACCAGAGAACACACACUGGGGAAAGGCCUCACAUGUGCAAGGUGUGUCAGAAGAGCUUUAUAAGUGGGUCUUACCUGGUCAUGCACCAGAGAGUCCAUACAGGAGAAAGGCCCUAUGUGUGCAAACAGUGCGGAAAAGGGUUUAUUAGCAGUUCGAAUCUUAUUAUACAUCAGAGAGUUCAUACUGGAGAAAAACCAUACCUGUGCAUGGAGUGUGGGAAGUGCUUUGGACACAGCUCACAUCUAGUAAGGCACCAGAAAGUCCACACUGGAGAAAGACCUUUCACCUGUGCCGAGUGCGGAAAAUCCUUUUCUCGAAGCUCGCAUUUGGCUAGACAUCAAACCAUUCACAUGCGAAGUGUGGCCAGUCCAUCCAUGUGAGGAAACCUCUGGACUAUUCAAGCAUAGCACGUCUGACAAAGCCUUUCAUCGUGAGGUUCUCAUUAUUUUUGUCAGCAAAUUUUACUUUU